AUGGUAAUCCACGGUGGCCAGUCAUUGCUCAUUCUCAACGCCACAUCGGUCUCUGCGAGCCCUGUCAAUUUGGCUGGAGGCCUCCAUUAUUGUGGUGGCAGCUCAAACUACGCCAUGGGCCAUGACUUCAAUGCCGACAUACCAAUUUCGGGAGGAAGUUUCGGCACCGGGGACGCCGUAUUCAAUAGCCAACAUUCUCCAUCUCCGCCUCAACGAAUCUGGACCAGUCGACUUCCCAUUGACAUUGGGAGGUACCAGUUUCCGAAUUUGAGUGGCCACAUUGAACACAAUGCCAUAUUCAACGGGUCCAUAUUCAGACUGAACAUUUUCAGCCAACGGCAACAAUCAUCCAGUCACGCUCAUGCAAAUCGCUGGAUCAGUGAUGAUCAUAUAAUUCAUCCGGCUUCGUUCAACGAUUCUGCCAUCCGGGAUCCCAGGAUUGCCUUACCUGUGACCUCUCCGUUGCACUUCGAAGACGAGCCCAUUGUUACUGGGACUUUCCAUCCCUUCCAUGGUGAUCAAGGCCUUGGGCUUGGGUGGGAACCCUCACAACACGUGUCUAGGUCCACGCUCAUGACUGGAGGAGUAUCGCUACCUACGAAUGGCUUCCAAUUCGCCAACGCUAGAGAUCAUGGUCACCUGCUAUCAUUCCCGAUGCAGACCCGUGAAGCCGCAUUCAUGCAAGUCUGCCCGAUGGGAGCAAAGUGUGGGAUGGGGCUGGACUUACCAACGCUUCUCCUCAUAACGGGCAAGUUUUUGCUGUGGUCUCCAUUCACGACACUCUCUACUCGCUAGCAAUUCUUCCUUGCCGUCCUUGCAACAGAACAUUCAAGAGGGGCGGACGGGUCUCGCCACGAGCAAAGCGUUCAUCUCAAGAGUCGAGGACUUCACUUCUGUCAUUGCUGGGUG